AGGAUCAAAGAAGCAGUAGUCAUCGGUGGUAUGCUGGCGAGUUGCAACAGGCUGGCAAUGCAAUGUCUUUUCUCGUGUAAUUAUCACAAAAUAUCGAUCUUGUGAAUGAUCACACGCCUGUGGCCACACAAUACAAUACGUCGCAAUGGCACCGGGUUGGCAAGAGAUCGCGGCACAACAUGUGGAGCAGAUCACGGGAUAUGUGAGAGAAAUCCUGUCGACCGCCCUCGUCUUCCUGAAGUCUGAGCUGGGAAUAGACUUGGGUUUGAAUCCCGAUCUGUGCGCUCCAUGGGUGCUGCUCGUAACGGCCUGGCUCGGUCUGGUUCUCAUGCUGGUUUUAUGGGUGUCGUUCUGCAGUGGUGUGUCGAAAAGCUUUCCAGGGGAGCUCGAAAACACCAGUCCAGUUCCACCGGCGAAGAAACCAGACCACAAAUCUGAUGAGCCAAAGAAAAGGAACAGAAAGAAAAAUGCUGAAAAGAAAGCUCAGAGGAAUGGUCUUGCUGUUGAACCACUGGAAGAUGCCGAAGUGGUUGAAACUCGAGGACCACACGAUGUGAAGACUGACAAGGCAAAAAAGAAUAAGAAAAAGCCAAAGCAGCCUGUUAAAGAGAAGAAGUCCUCUACAUCCACUGAUGGCAAAGAACCUGAUGAAGGUACCUGGGAGACCAAGGUCAGUAACCGCGAGAAACGCCAACAACGGCGAAAGGACAAGACUCCGGGUGAUGGGUCAGCCAGCCCAAAAGCAACAGCGGUGUCGAUUGCCACUAAUACCAUGGAGCAAUUCCACACUAACACCGAAGAACCUGAAAUCUUCAUCACCACCACCACCACUACUGCAUCUGCACCUACAGUCCAAAGAGAAGUGGAUGUCGAUCCACCUCAAAUUGAAGCAACUUAUGUCCAAGAGACUGUAAUUCCGCAAGUGACCACAUGUUGGGAGGAAGUGCUGUCUGUUAAUAGUUCUGGCUGGAGUGAUCUUGGCCUGCAGCUUCCUCCUCAAAUGGCCAGUGUUCAGGCAGAGAGCUGGACCAGCAUGUCUCUUCCGACUGAGCAUCAGACUACUGAACCAUCUAUCUGGCCCCAAGAUAUGGAAGGCUCAUGGACCAUUGUGGAUGGAUCGCAUAUUCCAGUCUCAUUCAGUGGAUUAACUGCUGUCCCUGACUUGAGUUGGAGCGCUCAUCCUCCUGUUCAAGUGGAUGACGAAUGGUCUGGAAUAAACAGCACAUCUGCUGAUCCAUCGUCAAAUUGGAAUGCUCCAUCAGAGGAGUGGGGCAACUAUGUGGAGCAGAAGCCAGUGCGCAAAGCACAGAUGGAGAAACCAGUCCUGGAGGUGGCACAGGAGUCUGAUACUGAGAAAGAGAAGGAUGAAGCAGGUGCCCCUGGUAGCGGUAAAGCUAAAAAGAAGAAAAAGAAAAAGAAGGUAGAAGAUGCUGGAGCAUCUGCUCAGUCCCAGGUGAAGGCAGAGAGAGAUGCGAGCGCUGCAACACAGGCACAGAACGCAGCUGGAAUUAUCUUAACUGCCAGGACACGUGUUGAAGUGUCACGUGCAGUAUCAUCAGCUCCUGUACAAACACAGCAGAGACCGGAGCCAACUAACAAGCCCGCGGCAUCUUUACCAACACAAAAAAAAACAGAGGACAACUGGGAGUCUCCAAAACAAGUCAAAAAGAAGGCACGGAGAGAGACAUGAGUGUGUUGCCUGUGUACAGAAAAGAGGAGACAACAUAUGCAAUCUUUGGGUUGUACAGAAAUUCGCACUUGAUCACUGACUGUACUUUUUUGACACCCCUAAUUCGCUGUCUUGUGAAUCCCAUCCCAGUGUCCCCAUCCCAUGGGCAUCUAGACAUUGUUCCAUAACAUUUCACAUCAUACGAAGGGACACUUAAAAAUCAGAGUAGUCUUUCUUUAAGUACAUUAUUUAAAUUGGAAAUUUGUAUUUGCAGCUAAAUGUUUUUUUAAGAAGAAACUAGAUCCUCGGUUCUUUUCAUAAAGCCUUCGCGACAUAUCAAGAGCUGUGUGACCACGACACACUUAUGAUAUACACACAGAGAUGUAAAGGGAUCUUUUAGUCCUGUUGAAUUCCAAGGAACCAAUAGAUCAUUGUUGACCUGUACCAUGAGAGCAUUUCAAUCUUCAUUCAUGAAACACUGGGGCAGCCAGGCUAAACGGAGUGCGCUAACAGAUGUACUUGAAGGGAAAUUUCACCCAAAAAUGAAAAUCUGUCACUUACUCACCCUUGUUCUUCCGUGGAGCAGAAAGGAGAUGUUAGGCAGUAUGUUAGUCUCAGUAAUCACUACUGAGACUAACAUACCCUUUUGUGUUCCAUGGAUUAAAGAAAGUCAUAUGGGUUUGGAACAACAUGAGAGUAAGUAUUUGGAGGAACAAGUGUGUUAUACUGUGGAAAGGAACACACAAAUCAAGCCAUAUGUGUGAACCGCAUCUAACUCUAAGAGACUUGAGCACAAGAAGAUCAUGCUAGUAUAAGACAAACAACUUUUUAACCUGCUUUGGUGAAGUAGUAGUGAUGCCGGCCAGGUGUUUGUGAUCAAUGUUACAACAGGUAAAGCAGUGUCAGGACAAUUCCUAUGCCUUAACUUGUGUUGUACAUGAUGGCAACAAAGAUCUGUCAGUUGCAUGCAGUUUCUUCUUUCUUUUUUUAUUGUGUCUUAAGUCAUGUUUAACAAGUAAUAAAGAGUUUCUUUCCA